AUGAGCACUGAGUUUGAAAUCACCGAUGACUGUGAUGGCUUUGAUGCCACUUAUGAAGAUCAAAGUGAGGAAGAAAACAAAAGUCCAGAUAGUCGUAGAGACAGAACAAAGGACAGAGACAGUCGGAGUCGGAGUAGAGACCGGGAUCAUGGAAGAGAUAGAGACAGGCGAAGGCACGACAGGGACAGUAAUCGCUCCAGACGACAUCGUGACAGUAGUGAUAGCAGGGACAGGAGUCCGAUUUCCAGUGAUGAGGGACGCAAUUCUGGAGAUGACGAUAGGAGUGACAGUGGCUGUUCUGACAGGUAUCGAAGCCGGGACUCCGACAACCGAAUGAAUGAAGACAGGGGUGGGGACAAGUGGGUGACCGUUCAGCCAUCUCGAACGAUCAUUCUUAGGGGGUUGACUCUGGAUGUGGAUGAGAAAAUUAUUGGAGCUGAGCUGAUGCUUUUUGGACUUCCAGUGAAAGACAUCCGGCUGAUCAGGAAAGCUUCAGGUGUCUCUCGAGGCUUUGCUUUUGUGGAGUUUCAUAACCUAUCAGAUGCCCAGCGCUGGAUGGAGCACACACAGGGAAGUGUUAUGCUUCUGAACCAGUACCGGGCAACCAUGGCUUACAGUGUCACCCGUGACAGAGGAAUGAGCAGGGACAACAACCUGCAGCGGAAUGAUUGGGUUUGCAUCAAGUGUUUGGGUCACAAUUUCAAGCGCAGAGAUUACUGUUAUAAUUGCAACCUUCCUCGUAAGGAGUCCGAAAAGGGCAGAUCGUGUUAUGGGCAAGAGGAGAUUGGAACCAACCCCUGCAACACUCUGAUAUUCCGAGGCCUAGAUGCUCUGACAACAGAAGAAACUUUAGUUGCAGCACUUUCCCAGGCCUGCGCUCCGCACCCAUUGGCACCCAUAAAAAACAUUAUAAUUGUUCGUGACACUUUGGGUACCUCUCGGGGAUUUGGUUUUGUGGAGUUCCAUUCGGUGUCUGCCUCCACACACGUGUUGGACACACUGAAUAGGUUGGACCCUCCGCUGGAAGUUGAUGGGAAGCAGCUAGUGAUCUACUAUGCUAAAAAUACAUUUAAUACAACGAUGGCUUACAUUCAACAGCAGGCUCAGGCACAGUACUAUGAUGGCAGCUACUACCAACAGAGUGGCCAGUACUUUGACCCAGCCACACAGCAGUACUAUGAUUACUCACAGUACUAUGCCCAGAUGGGAGCUACCGGUGCCAGCAUGAAGGGAGAAAACACGGCAAAUGCAGCAGCCGCAGUUGCCCAGGCAGCCAUACAGCAGGCACAGGCAGCCAAGAACCUCCAGAAACAGCUGCAGAGUAAAAUCAUGCCUGCCACAGUCAAUAAGACAGUCACAGUCAACGGCGUGGAAUAUCCCGUUUAUCCUCCCCCAGACACAUCUAAAUAUCAGUAUGAGGAAACUUCUGGUUACUACUACGAUCCAGUAACACAGCUAUACUAUGAUGCAAAUUCACAGUACUACUACAACUCCACAAGUGGACAGUUCAUGUACUGGGAUGCUGAGAGAUCCACGUAUCUACCUGCUCCAGAUGGUGCCACAGCCAACAAGGAUACCUCCCAGGACAGCCAGAACAAAAAGGACAAAGAGGAGAAGAAGGACAAGGAGAAAGUGAAGAUUGCCAAAAAAAUUGCCAAGGACAUGGAAAAAUGGGCUAAGAGUUUAAAUGCCCAGAAGGAGGCUCAGAGGGAAGGUGUCAGGCGCGUGUAUGGACAGCCGGAUGUCAUGACCGAGUCACGGUAUGAAUCUGCAACUGCUGACGCCGGAUUUGCCAUUCUGCAAAAGGUGAAGGAAGAAAUGUCAGCCAUGCCAGCUCCUCAGUUAUUGAAGUCGGAGAAGCCCUCAGUGUCCAGUAAACCUGGUCUUGUGGCCUCCUACGGUGGAGACAGUGACAGCGGUGAUGAUGAAGACUCAGCUGCCGCAGUGGAUGAAUCCAAGCUGGUCGACUGGGCCAAACUUGCCUGUCUCCUCUGCAAAAGGCAGUUCCAGUCCAAAGAGAUUCUCAGCAAACACACACAAGUCUCUGAAUUACAUAAGCAAAAUCUGGAAGCAUUGACAAAGUCAAAGAGUUCUUCCAGCGCAUCCAAGAUUGAGUACCGAGAUCGUGCUAAAGAAAGAAGGCAGAAGUACGGAGCACCGGAACCCCCUGAACCCAAAAGAAGAAAGGAGAGAGAAGUCGAAUUUCCAGAGCCAGUAGUAUACGAGGAACCAACCAAAUUUGGGAUCAAGGAAGACAAUAUUGGGAACAAACUGUUGCAAAAGAUGGGCUGGUCAGAGGGUCAAGGCCUGGGAAAGUCCAAUCAGGGAAUUACAGACCCGAUUGAGGCACAGCGGCGCAGCAAAACAGCAGGUCUUGGUGCCAGGGGAGCCACCGUAGUUGCUGAUGUGGGCGAUGACUACAGAGUGGCCCUGAAGAAAACCAUGUUUGCCCGAUACAAUGAACUGGACUGA